AUGAGCUCGCUCCCUCGUUCCUCCGAGGGGCAAAGCUCCCAGACGCCGGCCAUCCCCGUGCCCAACAACCCCAUCAAUCAACUGCUCCCACCACCGUCCCGCAACAGCCACGUCAACCUCGACUUCUCUCCUAUCAACGAGAACGGGAGCUUCGAGUUCGACCGAGUCUUGAAGACGGGAAGGGUGUUCCGGCGGGUGAAGCACAAACAUGUCUUCCGAGCCUCAUGGAAACCCGCUUAUAUCGUCCUCCGGCCCAACCUGCUCUCCGUGUACAAAGAUGAAGAAACGACCCGCUUGCGGGCAUCCAUCACCUUGUCCGAGGUGACGGCCGUGGCUCCAGUCAAGGCCACGCGCUCGAGUCGACAGCAUGUCUUCGGCGUGUUCACCCCCUCCAAAAACUACCGCUUCGAGGCCACCUCGGAACGCGACGCGGAGGACUGGAUCAGCCGCAUCCGCACAGAAACCCCUAUUGGCGAGGACGAAAAGGCUUUCCUGGCGCUGACGAAGAAACCCGGCCCGCCGGCGAUCCAAAAGCAGCUCAUUGAGGACACAACCGACCACUCGGACUUUGACCAGACGGGUCGUGCCAGCUCCCCAGAGCUUGGCCGCACAGUCUCGCCCCACCGUCGGGCCCAGCGCCUAUCCUACACACAGGAAUACUCCGGGAACGAGAUCACAUCGUAUUCAGAACUAUCAGACGCAUCCCCGCCGACAGAUCGCGGCCAACUACGAUCCAUGCCCUCCCUCAACAAUCUGCCCCGAUCCGUUAACAAUCUGUCCCGGUCCGCGCCGGAGGAGAAGCCCCUGUCCUUGCCGCGAGACACCAGCCGGCAGUCCGUCCGGGACCCAGAGCGUGUCGUCUGCCAUGGGUACCUGCAAGGCCUGCGCAUCAAGGGAACCGUACGCCAAUGGAAACGGUUGUGGGUCGUGCUCCGUCCCAAGAGCUUGGCUUUCUAUAAGGACGAGCAGGAGUACUCCGCCCUCCGCGUCAUCUCCAUGUCGCAGAUCAUCGACGCGGCCGAGGUCGACCCCAUGUCGCGCUCCAAAAAGUUCUGUUUGCAAAUCAUCGCCGAGGAAAAAACCUACCGACUCUGCGCGCCGGACGAAGAAUCCCUGGCGCGUUGGUUAGGUGCCUUGAAGAGUAUUCUUGUGGCUCGCAAGAAACUGGAGCCGUCGUCUACUUUUUAA